AUGAAAUCGGGGAAUGCGCACUCUGCCUGGCCAGUUGAAGAGCGAAAACAGAUCGGAUCUACUGUUCGGGACUGCGUUAUGCAGUUCUACACCACCAUUGAUCACUUCCACCAUCAACGGGAUUCAAGACCAGCAGCGCGAGACAUCGAUAGAAGUGUCAGCAAGAACGACCAGCACGUCGCACACCGGAAGGGCCGCGACGACCAAGAGUAUCAGCGUGACUGUCAGCAUAGACUCCCUCGGACAGCGUCGGUCUUGAGACAUGAGGACGUAUCACUGAAACGGCACGGUAGAUACGAAUUCCCUCUACAACAGUCCUACGACGCUCGGUGCUACGCCCGAGACUGUUCCUCAUUGCAGUUCAAACCCUUCGGCUCGCACCCGAAAGAGCGCUCCAAUUACCAUCACACCAGAAGCAGCUCGGAUCACUUCCGAUCGCAUCGACUCAUCCUUGGUCCCAAGCUCAGCUUCUUCUUUCGCGUCGGACACAAUGUCCGCUCAACCGUGGCCUUCCUCCGCUGA